ACUGGGAUGGGGUACGGGGGGAGACUGGUUGGACUGGGGAGGAACUGGGGAGACUGGGACGGGGCUCCAGGGGAACUGGGGGGGACCGGGAUGGGGUAUGGGGAGCUGGGGGGGGGGGGACCGGGGUGGACUGGGGGGGUUACUGGGAGAGACUGGGGCUUACUGGGAAGUGGGAGCCGCCGGGGGGGCCGAGAGGGACCCCGGGCUGGGGUCUCCCCCCCCACUCCCCCCCCCCUCGCUGUCUCUGUGUCCCCCCCCGUGUCCCCCCGUGUGUCCCCCCCCCGCCGUGUCCCCAGGGGGUCCCUCGGGGGGGCCGUCGCCGCUGGAGCGGGGGCUCCACGCCGUGGUGGGCACCUUCUACCAGUACGCCCGGGCCCCGGGGGGGGGGCGGGAGCCCGGCCUGGCCCCCCCCGACUUCCAGCGCCUGCUGCGCCGCGAGCUGGGCCACCAGCUCACCGACACGGGGCAGCCCGAGGCGGUGGCCGCCAUCUUCGCGCUGCUGGACGCCAACGGGGACCGGGUCAUCUCCUUCGCCGAGUACUGGCAGCUGGUGGCCUGGCUCUGCCACGUCCUGCGCCACCGGCACUACGGGGCUGCGCCCGCCCCCCCGCCCCCCCCGCUCUGCGGGGACACCCCCGGCCACCACCCCGACCCCCAACCUGCCCCGCCGGCCCCAGCCCACGGGGACGGGGACGGGGACGGGCGCCACUGACCCCCGGCCAGGCGGGGACGGGGAUGGGGACGUCGCCAGGGGCUGGGGGGCCUUGUCCCCAAACCUGUGAUGGGGACAGGGGUGUCAUCAGGGCCAGGGGGUCCUUGUCCCCAACCUGUGAUGGGGACAGGGACGUCCCCAAGGUCAAUGGGUCCUUGUCCCCAACCUGUGAUGGGGACAGGGGUGUCACCAGGGCCAGGGGGUCAUUGUCCCCAACCUGUGAUGGGGACAGGGACGUCCCCAAGAUCAAUGGGUCCUUGUCCCCCAGCCUGUGAUGGUGACAGGGACGUCCCCAGGGGCAAUGGGUCCUUGUCCCCAAAACUGUGAUGGGGACAGGGACGUCCCCAAGAUCAAUGGGUCCUUGUCCCCAAACCUGUGAUGGGGACAGGGACGUCCCCAAGGUCAAUGGGUCCUUGUCCCCAAACCUGUGAUGGGGACAGGGACAUCCCCAGGGGCAAUGGGUCCUUGUCCCCAGCCUGUGAUGGUGACAGGGACGUCCCCAAGGUCAAUGGGUCCUUGUCCCCAACCUGUGAUGGGGACAGGGACGUCCCCAAGGUCAAUGGGUCCUUGUCCCCAAACCUGUGAUGUGGACAGGGGUGUCACCAGGGCCAGGGGCUCCUUGUCCCCAACCUGU